ACUGGCCAGGGGUCCACAUCGGCGUUUGGGAUGGGGGAUCCUGGAGCCCUGCAAAGCAACCCAGAGUCGCCUGGGCAGGUGACCCCGGGAGUCCCUCCCACCUGGUUUCUUCCUGGAAGCUGGGUCUCUCCCCUACCCCGCGUGGGGUUGGUUUCAUUGGUGGCAGCAGUGGUCAUGAGGCCCCUCCCCACAGUCCCACCGAGAGCCCUGCAAGCAGACAGGUCACGCUUUCAGCAGAUGAGCUUGAACCUCAAGAGGGCUGUGCACAAUGAGGAAGGAAACGUGGGUGGAAAGGCACCCUGGCCUGCUCUGCUGGCUGGGCCAGGAACUGGGGGUGGGGCUGGGGCAGGGGCAGGGCCCGCUAAGCCACCAGUGACGGGGAGGAGCUGCGGAACUGGGUGGCGGACACAGGCUGAGGCUCGGCACGGGAGCAUGGCAGCCAACGUCUCAGAUGCCAAGUCCUGCCCUGCCAACUUCUUGGCAGCUGCCGACCACAUCCUCAGUGGGUUCCAGGAAGACUUCCUGUGGCCCAUACUGGUGGUUCAGUUCCUGGUGGCCUUGGCCAGCAAUGGCCUGGCCUUGUACCGCUUCAGCACCCGGGAGCAGCGCCCAUGGUACCCCGCCGUGGUCUUCUCAGUCCAGCUGGCAGUCAGUGACCUGCUCUGCGCCCUGACGCUGCCCCCGCUGGCGGCCUACCUCUAUCCCCCCAAGCACUGGCGCUACGGGGAGGCCGCAUGCCGCCUGGAGCGCUUCCUCUUCACCUGCAACCUGCUGGGCAGCGUCAUCUUCAUCACCUGCAUCAGCCUCACCCGCUACCUGGGCAUCGUGCACCCCUUCUUCACCCGCAGCCACCUGCGGCCCAAGCACGCCUGGGCCGUGAGCGCCGCCGGCUGGGUCCUGGCCGCCCUGCUGGCCAUGCCCACACUCAGCUUCUCCCACCUGAAGAGGCCACAGCAGGGGGUAGGCAACUGCAGCGUGGCCAGGCCCGAGGCCUGCAUCAAGUGUCUGGGGACAGCAGGUCACAGGCUGGAGGCCUACAGAGCAUACAGCCUGGUGCUGGCGGGGCUGGGCUGCGGCCUGCCGCUGCUGCUCACACUGGCAGCCUAUGGUGCCCUCGGGCGGGCUGUGCUACGCAGCCCGAGCAUGACUGUGGCCGAGAAGCUGCGCGUGGCGGCGCUGGUGGCCAGUGGCGUGGCCCUCUACGCCAGCUCCUACGUGCCCUACCACGUCAUGCGAGUGCUCAACGUGGAUGCUCGGCGGCGCUGGAGCACCCGCUGCCCGAGCUUUGCAGACGUGGCCCAGGCCACAGCAGCCCUGGAGCUGGGACCCUACGUGGGCUACCAGGUGAUGCGGGGCCUCAUGCCCCUGGCCUUCUGUGUCCACCCGCUGCUCUACAUGGCCGCGGUGCCCAGCCUGGGUUGCUGCUGCCGACACUGCCCUGGCUACAAGGACAGCUGGAACCCAGAGGACGCCAAGAACUCUGGCCAAGCCCUGCCCCUCAAUGCCACAGCCGCCCCUAAACCGUCGGAGCCCCAGUCCCAUGAGGUGAGCCCGUGACGUAGCCUAGCUGAAGCCGCCGCCUGACCCCAGCCCCAACAUGCCCCUUCCCCCAGCCCAGGCAGGAGCAGUUGCCUUUCCCACCCAACAGCGCUGGCCACAGGGCUCCCUGCAGCGUCAGGGACCACACCAUGCCCAGGGGAGGGGAGGCGCUGGCCCCCGCCACAGAACUGGAGACACGAGAACAAACAGGACUGGGCAGAGAGUGGAGCUUUUUUAUUGACCUUGGAGCCCGCUCUCUCAGAGGCUGCCUUCUGUCGCCGAGGGUCCUGGGCCGAGCACGCGGUGGCAGCUGCUUAGUUAGUGGACGGCCUGGGGUAGGGGAGGGUGGCAGGGUAUGAGACCUCCAGGGGUGCCCCAAGACCCCAGACACCCAAAUGGUGCCUUGCGGUGGGCUAGGGGCAGAGAAGGACGGGGUAAUGGGAGGACAAAGCGGGCACCGAGCCAGCUGGCCAGCCUCAAGGCCUGGCCCACGGACUGGCAGGGACCCCAGGCACAAGAGCUGCCACCCCUCUGCUGCCACCCCUCUGCCCCUCUGCCAGGUUUUGGAAAAAGACAAUAAAGGACUAUCCCCUCAAAACCAGCUGGGGGACUGUUAAA